AGUCUACGUCUCCAACCCGGCCACCAUCAAUGCCCCUCAGCUGACAUUGAGUGUCCAAAUGGAUGGACACUACGGUUGGAGUUCGAACUCUGCCUCUGUUACCGACCUGACAAGCUGAAUGCCAGAAGAAAUUGGUGGGGCAACGUUGAUGUUUACACAAACUCUUUGCAACACAAGUCCGAUGGAUCAGAGCUUCGUGUUGAAAGCCAAAAUCCUAGCUCCGCCACAAGUUAG